AUGGACAAAUACCUGUUGGAAAAACAGAAGAUGAAAGAAAACAACUGGCUUGGGAUCUGCAAGGCUAAACCAGAGCAUUUCCUCAUCAAUUCAGAAGAUUUAAUUACACCUUCUGUUGGAAUACUUGAGGAGAUAACUUUUCUGUCUCUCUCAUGUAUCCGUGAUGCUAUCCAUGAUGAAAGAAGAGUUGGCUACAUUGAGCAACUAAUUCCUUUAGUAGAGCAACACAAUAAUUUGAACAAGGCUUUAGAAAGUUGGUACAGUGGAGACCAUGUGGUCAUUCUCCGAGGAGAAUACGAGGCUGUAAACUUAUCCCUGUUAACUAAUGACAUCAUUAUUGGACCUUAUGCAAAACCCAAAGAACCCAUGAUUGUUUCCAAACCCCUUUAUGAGAGCUUUGUGGUAUCAAAAUCCCAAGAUACAAACCUAACGCACCUUAGGUCGGUACAGCAGAGAACAGUCAACGGUGUCAUGGCUGCUCAAUCUGGCCAGGUGACUACAGCAAAUUGUGUACAAAGGUCUGAAGGAACUGGCAUCUGGCUCACUGGGGAUUCUUUGACCAGCACAGAGAGUGAGAUUACUGGAGCUCAGGGCGCUGGCAUUGAGCUGUACCUAAGAAGCACAGCCAUCUUAGAGAGUUACAAAAUUCAUCACUGCAAUAGUACCAGAACCAGUGAGACUUCACACCAUAGCUAG